AUGAGUCCAUUUGAAGCUCUAUAUGGAAUACCCCCUCCCCAACUGGCACUAGGACCUUACACUCAUCCCAAGGUGGCCACUGUAGAAGACCAUUUGAAAGACAGGCAGAAACUGGAUGAGCUACUUAAAAGGAAUCUACAGGAGGCUCAAGACAGAAUGAAACUGUAUGCUGACCAAAAGAGGAGUGCGAGAACCUUCAGUGUAGGAGACUGGGUGUACUUGAAGUUGCAGCCUCACAGACAGACUACUGUGGAGCUCAGGGGAAACACCAAGUUGUCUGCCAAAUAUUUUGGACCUUAUCAAGUGAUACAGAAGAUAAGGAAGAUAGCAUACAAGCUUAAGCUGCCUGAAGGAUCCAAAAUACAUCAUGUCUUCCAUGUGUCCUUGUUAAAGAAGAAGGUGGGAAACAAUACAACUCCUGUACUCCAGCUGCCAAAUGUGGACGAAAAGGGACAUCUUAGAGUUGAACCAAUGGCUGUACUAGAUCGAAGAAUUGUCAAGAAGAAGAAUGUUGCAGCUGUGCCAUGGCUCAUUCACUGGUGGGAUACUACACCAGCUGAAGCUAUGUGGGAAGAUGCUGAACGAAUUGAAAGGGAAUUCCCUGAGUUUGAAUCUUGA